CCUCCUUCCUUCCCUCCCUCCCUUCCUCCCUUCCUCCCUCCCUCCCAGCUCCUGCACCAGGAAACGGCCUGGAUCCCGGCGGCGGCCUGACCCGACUCCAAGCUGGCCGGGAGGAUGAAAGGCCCCAGCUGGGGGCUCCUUGCCACCAGCACUGGGUCCUAAGAGCUGCCACCCAGGCUGGCCGCCCGGAUGGCGACCCCAGCCUCAGCACCAGACACACGGGCUCUGGUGGCUGACUUUGUAGGCUAUAAGCUGAGGCAGAAGGGUUAUGUCUGUGGAGCUGGCCCUGGGGAGGGCCCAGCAGCUGACCCACUGCACCAAGCCAUGCGGGCAGCUGGAGAUGAGUUCGAGACCCGCUUCCGUCGCACCUUCUCUGAUCUGGCUGCUCAGCUGCAUGUGACCCCUGGCUCAGCCCAGCAACGCUUCACCCAGGUCUCCGACGAACUUUUCCAAGGGGGCCCAAACUGGGGCCGUCUUGUGGCCUUCUUUGUCUUUGGGGCUGCCCUAUGUGCUGAGAGUGUCAACAAAGAGAUGGAACCACUGGUGGGCCAAGUGCAGGAGUGGAUGGUGGCUUACCUGGAGACGAGACUGGCCGACUGGAUCCACAGCAGUGGGGGCUGGGCGGAGUUCACAGCUCUAUACGGGGACGGGGCCCUGGAGGAGGCGCGGCGUCUGCGGGAGGGGAACUGGGCAUCAGUGAGGACAGUGCUGACGGGGGCCGUGGCACUGGGGGCCCUGGUAACUGUAGGGGCCUUUUUUGCUAGCAAGUGAAAAAGUCCAAGGCCAGGUGGGGCUAGGUGUGGCUGGGAGAAUAGAAACAGAACAGAGAAUGCCCUUAGAAGAAGUGGGGUGAAUGGAUGGAUGUGCAACAGAGCAGGGCAGGGGAAAGGUAGAGGGUGAGGGAGCUGAGUGUGCCAGGCAGAGUUGGAAGAGUGAGCUGCAGACACUGGGGAAUGUUUUAGGAAGGGGCCAGGUGAUGGAGUCAUUCCAAGGUUUGGGGGGUGGGGGGGAUCAUCCCUAUAGGUCAUGCACAGGAAACUACCUGGAGCUUGGUUUGCAGCCCUGAGGAAGGUGGACUUGCAUAAGGAAUUGCGUCUCCAUUGGAUGAGUGGGAUUUGAGGAACCUGGAGGGCUCAACCUUUUGAAAUGGAAGUUUGGGGUUCUCAGGUGAUUGGGGAGGCGGCUGUGGCUGCCAGCUGUCUGACACGUGUGUGCAUGUGCAUGCUGGGCUGUUCAUUUGAUCUGGUGGUGGUGGGCUUCUUCAAGGAGAAAACAUUGCCUCUUGCAUUGGCAACUAUCCACAGCCCUCUGCCCCUCCUCCCAGCCCCUCCUUCCCCUUCCCUUUUCCUGAAGUCACAAGGCUGAGGGAGAAACACUGUAUCCAGACUGAGGGUGCUGGCUCUUCUCUGCAGAAAGUCUUUGGCCUGGCUUUGGAGAGAAGAACAGCUCUGCAGCUGGCCUUGUUCCUUCCUUGUGCAUUGAGCACUUGCUGCUGCCUCCUGGGCUCUGUCAGAAGGGCAAGGCUGUGGAGCCUGGGAGGGUGGGGGCUUCGGUAGCUGGGUCUGCCUGCCACCCUCCCCUCCCACUGGGGCACAAUGGUGCCUAAAGUAUUCCCUAUCUCUGGGACCUCUUUACCCAAACUUAAACUCUAAAUUGGGGCUCUAAUUUUCCUUUUGAGGAUGUAGACAAAUGCUGACCUCAAAAACAGUCUGGGUUCUGCACUGUGUCUCAGUAAGACUGUUGAUGUCUUGAGAGGACCAUUUCAGCUCUGAGCCCCAUGGGUGUGAGGGUGACAGGUACUCCAUGACUGGCCUAUUCUGUGUGGUGGGCUUCCGUGCUGCUUUUGAGGGGCCAGGUGUAUGGGUUCUAGAGUACCUACCAUGACCUAGAAGCAUUUCUGUUUCAUUUGAAGCCACGCUGUUUGCACGGGUGUUACUUGUACCUCAGAGUCUGAGGAUGCUAACUUUAGAACUCACAGUCCUCUAGAACAAAUUCAGACUAUAGCUUUUUCUCUCGAGGAAGAAACGAUUCACUCCAAAUGCAUGCCCUGAGCCAGACGACUCACUGCUGCACUUUUCAAGGUGCUAAAAUUGCUGCUGUCCAAUGUUGACUUCAUUCACAGUGCUCUAGAACCCUGCCUGCAAUUCUAAGCAAUGAUCAGCUUAGCUCGACCACAGUUGACGCUUCUAGGAGAUUUUCACUUGGUCCCAGAAUGUGGCAACAUAGACAACUAUGCUAGAAUGUGGGACCAAAUUGGCCUCAGGUUUAGUCCAGACCUUUGCUUUUGAAAGAGGGCUGCACUUUUUAAUGGUAUUCGUGGGGGAGGUGGAAGACUGCAUGUGCCACUGGGUGAGUACGCUGAUAUCAGAAACUCAAGAGCCAGUCUGCGGCAAGCAGUUGGGGUGGGGUGGGGUCUCUGACUUGCUCAGGACAAGCUAGGCCAGUGGUUUUCAAACUGCUUGGCAGAACCCCAAAGUGUCCUAGGGGUUGCCUCAGGAGUCCUUGGGGAGAUGAAAGGGGUGGGGGGCUGAGAAGGCUUCGAACUUGCCCUCAAACAGAACAACUCCCCAUGUCGCUGUUUUAUAUAUCGGGGUCCAGGGUAAGAUUUUAUUUGCAUUAAGGGGAUUGCUGCUGAAAAGAAAGUUGGAAAACCACUUACCAGACCAUCACUUCCAAUUGGAGCCUGUGCUCUCCCAGGUUUGGGGCAGACAGACUCUUCACCUUACCCUCUACCACAGGAUGCUUGUCCAUGUUAGCAUUCCUGGGGGCCUUUAGCAAACAGGGGCAGCAGGAACCGUGGUCAGGUGAUAUGAUUGAAAUACCCUGCUCUGAGGCCUUCACACCUGGGUGGAAGAAGAGUUUGCUUUCUGAAAGGAUAAAGGGCUUGGUCUGGUUUCCCAGAAGCGUAGCUGGAAUGGGAUCACAGUGGGCAGUGUUGACCUGUCCUACCCUUCUUAGUUUGAGGGGCAAUGGAAACCCCAGAGACUUCUGUCAGGGAAAACUAGGGACUCUCUUCUAGAGCCAUAUAGUUCCUUGGGAUUAGCUCUUGGCCAAGAAGGCUGAGUAUGGCUCCCAAUUUUUAAAUCUAUUUCGCUUUUUUAAAAUGAGGGAAAUAAGUGUAAUUCCCAUUUUUCAAAGAGUAAAUAGGUGGAGAGGGUAUUUCUUGCUCUCUGGAGCCCAAAGGGACAAAUAGGAACUUUGCUUAGGCCAAGGAAGGAGCAGAAGUAGGGCAACUCAGUCCUACAAUUAUUAAUCCUACUCCCCACUUAUUCUAGGGCAUACAUACACUAUUUUACUUUUUUAAAUCAUAAAACGGCAGGAGAACAGAUUUGGUUAGUUUAGAAGAAAAGAAAAAGCUCUAUAAAUAUAAAUAUAUAUACCUGUAUUUUUAUUUAAUAAUUUAUAAAUACCAAGUUCAUUUGACUUUUAUUUUUGUGUAAUAUGUAAUGGUGGUAUUAAAAAUAAAUAAAUAAAUAAAGCCCAAAAGUUUAAUGAGAAUGACUGAACAGGGUUUUGUGACUUCUAUACUCUAUAGUUUGGGGUCAGAACUUUCCUCCGUCCAGUCAUUUCUUCAUGACCUUGCUAAGGGCAAGACUUAAGAGUUACAGGGAUUUGGAAAAGUGUUGAAAUUUUUUUUAAAAAAUCAAGAGUUGUUUCAUCAUCUUCCUCACCUCACCCCAACCCUGUCAGAUAUUCAAAGUGAAGAGCUCCAUCUAUGCCAACCCUAGCCCGAAGAGGGUACAGGUAUAUGGUACUUCGGGACACACAUACACACACUUAAACACAAAAAACUCACCCAAAAUCUGUGUGAAAUCAACUCCCCAGUUGCAGUUUGGCCUCUAAUCAAAAGUGUACAAUAAUGAGUAUUUCUUCUUGAUGCCUACUUCAGACUUAAAAUAGGUCUGGUAAAAAUGGAGCCCCCGUUUCCUUGCCUGAUCCCCUAAGACAUUUGGUUUCAGCCAUUUGAAUGCAAACCGCUAAACCAGAUAGAAUCUUUAGGAUUAUUUGGCUCAUCUCUGUAGCACGUCAAAAUCGUGUGACAGAAAUAGUAAUCCUAAUUCUGAAUUUCAAGAGGAAAUUUCUAAAUCUAUAACCCAGUACAACAAAUUGGUAUUUGAGUUUUUAUGUUAAUUUGUGAGAAUAUAAUUGCUUUCAGCAAUUCAGUACAGUUGAAUGGCCUCCAGGCAUGGUGGCGCACACCUGUGAUCCCAGCACUCAGGAGGCUGAGGCAGGAGGAUCACCCAUUGAGUUCAAGCUACAUAGUGAGUUCAAGGUCAACCUGAACUGCAUAGUCUGACCCUGUCUCAAAAAUAAAUAAAAGCAUAAUUGAAUCCAGUGUUACCUUUCCAUUCUCUAUAGGAAAAAUCUACAGGGAAAGCUGUAGUAAAAUCAGAGUGGCUUGGUGAACAUUGGCACUAGGAGAAGUAGACUUAGAUGUUCUUAAUAGUAUCAGGUAUGAUAGUUGGUGUAUUUGUCCCUAUAUAUUGUGACUGGUUAAGCAACUGACUGAUUUAUAUUUGGCUAGUUCCAAAAAGCAUUUGCAAUAUCUUACAAUAAUACAUAAAAGACAAAAUAACAGGAAAAUACAGAUUUUUUUUUCUGGUACGGGGGAUCAAACUCAGGACCUUGUGCUUGCAAGGCAGGCGGGGUGCCACUGCGCUGAGUCUCCGGCUGGGAAAAUACAGAUUUUUAAAGUAAGGGUAAAGGGAAUAUCAAAAUAUAGUAAGGUUCAGCAAAAGGAAAAUUAAUGCACAGAAAAGCAUUAUAUAAAUAUGCAGUAUCCCCAAAUACCAAAGUUAGUCUACGAAUUUGUCUCUGAUCUUCUUUGUGGCCAAAGCAAAUUGGAAAACACAAGAUUCACAUUUCUCUUAGGACUUUUAAACUCUAUCGUUUACUCAAGAAGGGCAAAAAGUUUUGUAGAUUUUCAGAGAAGACACCUAGUAAGAGUAGACAGCAUUCUCUUAACACCUAACAGCAAAUUUGAUGUUGAGUUGUAUACCACUUUGCUCUAGAAAUGCCAAAUGGAGAUUCAGAAGGUCUUAAACUUGUUUUAUCAGGCUUUUCACAAUUUAGUCCAAAGUCACAGCUUUGUGAUGGUCUGGGUUAGUACAGAGCUAAACUUUAGACUAUUCAGAGAAACAGACAGAUGUGUUUCCUUCAAAUGGUUCUCCAUGAAUACUAUUUCUCCAAAUGGCACUUUUGAUAUCAAGUUGGGCAACAAUUAGUUACAAUUUCUAACAAAUGGAUGGAUUGUACAUAUUGUUUUUACUUAAUAGCUUUUUUUAAAACAUAAAAAGAAAACUGCCUUAAUUUAAGUAUGGCUCUAGAAGAGAUAUAUAAAUAAUUUAAAAACACAACCAGGGGACAUAGUAUAAUAAAAUGCUAUGUCAUUGUUUUUUAUCCAUUAUUCUCUCAUGGACCAAAUACUCCAGCAUCUUCUGUGCACUCAGCACAAUUCUAGGCACCGAGGUAAAAUGAACAGAAAGAUCUCUGCCCACAUAGUGCUUACAUUCUAGUGAGGGAUAAAUCAAUAAAUUUCAUCACAUAUUAGAAAGUGAUGAGUACUGUAAAGAAAAAUAAUUAAUUGAAAGGAUAAAAAUAUGUAGAUUUUAAUUUUUUGUUUUGUUUUGUUUUUUUGUCUUUUGAGACAAGGUCUCGCUAUGUAGUCCAGGCUGGUUUUGAACUCACUAUGUAGCCCAGGCUGGCCUCAAACUCACAGUGAUUCUCCUGCCUCAGCCUCCAGAGUGCUGAGAUUAUAGGUGUGUGCCACCUCACCUGGCUCUAGAUAUUAUUUUUAAAUAAAAUGGUUAGGGAAGCCCUCAUUGCUAAAGUGACUUUUGAGUAAAACUAUGAAAAAUAGAAUAGGAAAAAUAUAUUUACUGAAAUGGAAAGAUGUUUCUGUAUUUUCUUAGGUAAAAAUAUGUUAAUAGUGUAUAUAUAAUAUAAAAAUUUAUACAGUAUGAUCCCAUUUGCUAAAAUAUAUGUGUGUAUGCCUCUAUAGAUUUGUAUACUGAACAUUUCUGGAAGGGUAUAUGUCAACAUUCAUCAGUGAUUCUCUAGAUGGUAGAUUUAAUGAGUAAUUUUAUUUUGUUCUUUUUUGCUGUCUGUAUAUUCUGAUUUUUUGAAAAUGACAUCUGGUACAGUAUAUAUUAAAACUAAUUUUUCAGA